AUGCGUACUCUUGCAAGUGCAAAGGAGCCUGGUGACACCAGCAGACCACCCGACCUUUAUGUGCGCCUGGGGACAGUCCUGACUGGUCAAUAUAAAAACUGGCUAGUUGAUUUUUUAUUGUCUCCUUCAGCGAUGCUCCAGCCUGAUCUACACCAGGCACCCACCUUGAGUAAUCCACCUCUCAAGGGGAGAUCCAGACACAUAUUUUACUUAUUUAGGUAUAUGAGCAGGUUUUAG